UGUCGACACACCUCAACGACAGUAGCAAAGGAGCGACAGCUCGACAAGAGGUUCUUGGAUCUACCAGCAUGUCAACACCCAAUCCAGCGUCAACUGCGCAGUACCGACUUCACCUCUCCCCCCUGCCCCCACCUCCCACUCUCCCACCGGCAGAGAUUCUCAAGUUCUUCUCGAGGUUCGGAACCCCGACGGAAUUCUAUCGACCAGGUUUAGAUGGUUUAGGACAGGAGCGGGAUUACGGGUUCUUGGGGAUGGAUUUCGGGGAAAAGGGGGAGAAGGGUUUGAGUCGGUGCAUAAGCAUGACCUCGUCGAGCGUAUGGAGGGGGAUCAAGCUCAAGGUCUCGUUGGCCAAACCUGAUUACUUGGUCCGUCUUUCUAACGAACAAAACCCUCCACCCCCACCUGCCGCAACGCUCCUCAAACAAGCUCGAGCAGCUAAAUUGAAAAAGCGAAGAGACAGGAAGAGACGGAUAGCUGAUGCUGAGGGUGGGAGGAUGGAUGGGGAUAUGAGGGUUGUUAGCGAGGAGAUCGUCAAGGCUGGAGUAAGGAAGUACUGGCACGCCGUCCCAGGGGAAGAACAUACGAUCCUCCGACCCAUCUAUACCCGCCCGACUCAUCCUCUCCCAUCUGCCUCGUCGACACCGUCAUUAUUCAACUCGUCGAAACCCGGUCCGACGUCAUCAUCUAAUGUCACUCCGCUGAAACGAAAGAAGCAGCGCAAGAGCAGGACUAAACCGCCCGUACGUGCGAAACGGGUUUGGUUGGACCCUACCGGCUGGGACAGGCAGUACCGGAUGUAUGAGGAUGGAGACGGCCAGAGUCAGGACCAGGAGAUGGGAGGGAAGGAGGCGGAUGGGAUGUGGAUUUGGCAGGAGGAAGAGGUGGAUGAUGAGGUAGAGGGGAGAUGGUUCUUCAAGCUCGCACAGGGUGAUGAAUCUGCAGCGUCGUCUUCGGGCCAAGAGCAUGAGCACGAGGAGAUGUCAGCGCAAGAGCCUGUGGAGACCGUUCCAUCUCGGCAACGACGUGUCCAGACGGUACUCCAUAACCUGGCUCAGGAAUCGAUCUGGCCGGCCGAAUAUCUGGAUAUCGUCCCCACCGUCUCCGGGAAGGGCGCGAACGCCAAAGGCAAAGUGCAGAAAUCUGGUGGUAACAAGAAGGAGGAAGUGCUCAGGCUAGAAGAGAUGGACGUGGGUGGGCUGGAAGAUGAGGACGGAUUGUGGGGGACCGUUGGAUCAAUGGGUGGGAUGAACGGGGGAUUGUUCGACGAACCUGUCGGGGGUGCUGUCAAGGUGGACAUUGCUGUUCCGGGUCCUGGCCUAACGCGAGGAGUCAAGCGGACAGCUCGGGAGAGCGUCGAUGAUGGGGAGGAUGAGGAUGAGGAAGAAGAACUGGCGGGCUUGGAGGAUGACGAUCUCUUCGGAGGACUCCCCAAGAGCAUGACGAAUAAGGAAUCGUCUGUAUCACCCUUGUUUGGCAAUGCGGCUCUUCCAGCAGCAUCAUCGUCGAAACGACAGAAGAAGGGACAGGCAUUGCCUUCGGAUAUUUCAAACGACUUUACGGACGCAGAAUCCGAUGCCGAGUCGAGCUCUUCCUCCUCGUCUGGCCUAUUUGGGACCCGUUCCGAGAAGGAAGCGCCCGUUCUGCAAGCUGGUAAGGGCGCCUCGCUCAAGGAUGUUGUCAAGAUGGAGAAGAAGGCCGGACUGUCCGUUCUUAGCGCAUUGGGUUUCGACCUGGACGAACCUCGCACCGAUGCAUCUUCCAGCAAAGCCAAGGCCGUUGUACUGCAAGACGAGAGCUCGGGUGAAGAGUCCGAUUGGGCACCGGCGAUGCGGUUGCGAGGAGGUGCGACGGAUGCCGAGAUGGAGAGCGCGUCUUCAAGCUCGAGCUCGGCAUCGGGCUCGAGUUCCGAAUCGAGUUCGGGUUCGGGCUCGAGUUCCGAAUCGAGUUCGGAAGAGGAUUCUAGUUCGGAGGAGAGCAGUAGCGACGACUCGUCUGACGAGGAAGAGGGGGACGUGGAGAUGAAGACCGAGACGAAAGAGGUAACGAGGCAACAGACAUUGAAGGACAUGUUCGCGCCUAAAGCGGAUGAAGCCGGCUUCUCUUUGCUUGCCGGACUGGAUCUCGAGCUCGACUCCGAUCUGGAAGAUGAGGCUCCUGUCGCUCGUCCCGCCGCAGCCGAGCCCGUUGCGCCCGUCUUCAUCCCCGCGCCCGUGAUCUCAUCUGCUGGCAAGGCUGACCUGUUUGCACCGGAAGCUGGCAAGCCGUUCUUCUUCUUUGAUACCGCCAAGGCGUUGGCUCCACCAGGAGAGGCGAUGGGGCCACAAGAGUUGGGCAAGAAAUGGUUAGGCAGCGUACAGACCUUGCAGGGGGAGACGAUCGAGGUCAAGCCGUUCGUCCGGACAGAAACCGACGAACAAAUGACCCAGGCUUGGAAAGAUUCCAAGGUCGAGCUGACGAGGGAAUGGAAGAAGCGUCAUCGAGAGGCCGUCAAGCGGGUCAAACGUGGGAUGGGCAGUGGCGGAGCGAAUGUCGGCGAGUUUGCCGAGUAGGGGUAGGGAUUUGCUACUUCGCUAUGUACAUGCAUAUUCGCAAAUCAGAUUGUAAUAUAUCCGAAGGAUAUCACCUGGAUUGCCCUCGCUGCGCUUUGGCGAGCGAUGCGGAUCCAAGACCCCGGCACAAUCUCAUCGACUAGAA